AUGGAGACGGAUGAACCAGAGGUCAUAGCAUUUCUCCUGGGGUCGGAAAUUAUACCUCUUUGUCUGGUAAUCAUGGAGUCAGGAAGUGAACUGAGUAGAACUGUGGCGACCUUCAUUAUGCAGAAGCUUCUUUUGGAUGAAGUCGGCCUGGCGUACAUCUGUCAAACUUAUGAGCGUUUCGCUCACGUAGCUACUGUUUUGGAAAAAAUUGUGAUCGACUUGGCUAGAGAGCAGUCAUUACGCCUUUUGAAACACGUGAUUCGGUGCUACCUACGUCUUUCAGAUGAUUCGCGAGCGCGUGAUGCUCUUCGAACAUGUUUGCCACAACAGCUCAUAGAUGGCACGUUCAGUGGUUUGCUGGAGAAUGAUGUGGCUACUAGACGAUGGCUUACACAGUUGAUUGGUCGGCUGUCUGCUGCAACAGUUGCAUCUGAAGGUACUGCCAGUACAACGCUUUCUAGUGUUGGUUCCAUGGAAGCUACUACACUACAGGCCGUUACUGGUAAUCUCGCCAGCCUUCCAUCAACUACAACGGUUGGUUCCUCUGUGACUACUGCUGCAUCUAGUGUUGAGAUUUGUGGAACGUCUGUUUCAAGUGGAGUCACAAGUGCUUCUGUGAAUGGGUCAGGAGCACUUGUAUCUUCGUCAUGUACACAGGGUGUGGACUCUGUGACAUCUACGAGCAGUUGAUGAACUUACGUAUAACCCUGGGAAUGAUGUUAUACGUAAUGUGUAUAUAUGAUUUCUAUUUCUAUUGUAAUUGAUUUACUUUUACUCGCU